UUCUUCGUUAUAUUUGGUUUUCUGUCCACAAGCAUUCCCAUGAUCGAAAAGAAGAAUAAUUGAAGAGGUUAUAAAAUUUGAAUUGAUUUCAUUUAAAAGCGUUUCGAUCUUAGUUGCAUUAUUGCUUACAAAGAGGAAGAAUCGUGGUAAAAGAUGAACUCUCUGUUAAGAGCUAUAAGCAGUGAAACGAAGUAUACUAAAUUGAGAAACUUUUCUAAGGACAAUCUUCAAGCAGCUUACAAACCAACCAACUGGGAAAAACGAUAUCUUGUCUGGACUGGAAGAUUUAAAAACAUAGAGGAAAUUCCAGAAUUGCUUCCUCAUGCUACCAUUGACAAAGCUAGGAACCGUAUGAGAAUAAAGGCAGCAAAUUAUAUGAUACUUGGUACUAUUCUGGGUUGUUGUUUAAUGGUUUUUCUUGGAAAAGAAGAUGCCAAACGCGGAGAUACUCUUGUAAAAAGAAAUCUUGAUUGGCAUAAACAGUUAAAAGAGGAAGAGAAAAACAAAACUACAAAUUGAGCAAUUUCUUAAGAAUAUAUUAAUUUAGUGGAACAAUGUAAAUAACUCUCAAUAAUUAAAUUAAAGUUAAAAAUCAUAUUAUGUUUAGCUUACGAUUUUUAUAUAAAAUGGACUACUUUUACAAGCAAAAGGAA